GGGCGGGGCCGCGCGUGCACCAGACGCGAGGCGGGGGCGGGGCAGGGGCAGGCGGGGGAGCAUGCGCUCGCGGCGACGCGACGCGCGGCGUCUGAGGGCUGAGAAGCGCCGAGGUCGUCGGGGCAGGAGCCCGAUCAGGCGCUCCGACGCCCCGCCCCCGAGGCUCCGCCCAGGCGCGUGGGGAUGGCAGCUGCCCACGGGCUCUGGGGCUGUGAGGACCCGAGCAGCUGGGCCGCCGUCCUGGGGUGCCACGGGGAAGUGCUGCAAGCGCGCGCGAGCCCCCAUGGGCGGCUGGAAACCCUGGAGCGAUGGUAGGGCAGUGGGGACAUCAGGCGGGCUGGCCGACCCCCGUGGCUCGGAUUCCCCGUCACCGCCCUUCCCCAGGUAUCGAGAGUUGCCCGCGGCCAUCGAGGGCCGGGCGGAGAAGCACGUGACACGCGACAAGCUGGAGCAGCUGCUGGCGUGGAAACUGGCGGGGCCGCUUUCGGCCGCGCCUGCAGCAGCUCGUGACCGCCGACUCCCCGGAGCUGGUGGUGCAACGCUCGGCCGCCGCCUUCCGUCUCCUGCCAGACGUGAACGCAGCGGUCCCGGAAUUGUGCGCCCUCCGGGGCGUGGGCCCGACUAUCACCUCGCGCAGUGCCUCAGGCUGUGGACCCCUCACCGUGUGGAGACAGCACUGUGGAUCUGGGCUGUAGGGCAGAAGCUGUGCCCUGACCUGCUGCCUGACCUCGGUCCCAGCCUGGCCACCCCUGAGGACACCAGGCCAGCCAAGACGCACAGGACCCAGGCCUACUGACUUGGCUGUGGCCCAGGGCUUGCACACCUACCCUGUGAUCUCAGGCCACAAGUCUUUGGACAGGGGGCUGGAUGCUGUAGGAGCUCAAUAAAUGCU